GACACGCGAACAUGUACAUAGAAAGAUGAUGGGUGGGUAUGAAGUAGAAGAAGGCGAUUUACCAUGGGCUGUAACUAUACAUAAAAUUUAUCAGGAGCAUAAAGCUACCUGUUCUGGCACUCUCAUUUCGAGACGUCAUGUAAUAACAGCAGCACACUGCUUUGCUAAACCUGGAACCGAGAAGGAGGAGGCUGAAAGAUGCAUGUAG